CAGCUAUGAUCGGUCAGCUGAGGAACUUCUGCCAUAUCAUCAAACUUUUAACCACCUUUUCUAAGCAGACUCAUUACUAAAGGACAAAAACUCAGUUCGUGUGGGAACCAAGCUAUUUCAAGAUGAGUGCUGCACCGUUUACGGUGGAAAUGAUCUUUGUCUUCCUUCUUACCCUAUGUCUUCUUCACCAGUAUGGAAACUGGCGAAAGCAACAUUGGCUUGUCACAACAGCAGUUUUUAUUUCUUGGUAUUUCUCGUUUCUCAUCGUCUUCAUCCUUCCUUUAGACGUAUCAGGGGUAAGUCUAAGUAUUUUCCCAGAAAAGAAGGACUAUCUUUGUGAUAUAUUCUCGAAACGAGGACCCGUAAACCCUGUUAUGAAACGUCAGACCUUGUUGGUUUUAUUUUAAGUGGAUUUCACUUCAAAUUACUUUGUUUAUAAUAUCAAAAACAAACGUUCUACCUGAGCAGGAAGAUCGGAUUCAAAACGUAGAAUGUAACGUUUUGUGCACGAUUCAGACAUUUUAUAGGAAAUGUUUGUUUGAAGCUGGAUUAAACAUCAAUGAACAGAAGAGAGAUCUUGGCUCAAACUCAUCAAAAAAUAGCUCCGUUAAGAACUCCAGCAAGACGACUCCGUCAAGUGACUGUGAGAAGCCCUGGAGUUAUCUACCAGAGCACGUUCUUCCUGAUCUUUGGCGGGUUGUAUACUGGUCUUCCCAGAUACUUUCAUGGUGAGUUCAAGGACUGGACAACAAUGAUAAAAAUCGCACAUGAAUGAAUAAUUUUUGAUGAUUGACACUUCAGAUUCAUAUGUUGCAGUCGGUGACAUGACUGAAUUUGGGGUAGAGAUUAGUAUAUUUUUUCAUAAUUUUUCAUAAUGAAUUUCUGGGAGCAAGUUUUAGAAUUUAAGUGUGUAUGCUUUGAAGCUUUUAUCUAAAAGCUUUGCACCUGUACUCCAAAACACCUUUUGUUUGGAUCUGUUUAUUUUCACUGAUUUCUUUGUGAAAUUGUUUUAAAUUUUGCUUCUAAUUACAUAAUUUUCAAAAGGAUAAUGACUCUUUUGUAACCCACAUAUGGAAACUGUGAUAAGAAUCAAUGAUUGAAUUUUUCUAACAAUUUACUUGACCCAAAUGUAUCCAAGAUGCAGAGAAAAUCAUACAAAUAUGCCUUAUUCACCUUAGCUGUAGAGCAGGCAUAAUUUUGGCAAGCUGGUACUCAGAAUUCUCUUCAUGAAAAUUAUGGUGGCCAUCUUUGAUUUCAAUUGCAGUGGGGUGCUGGGGAGAGAAAUAAAUUUGUACCAAGGGGGUAAUUGAUGGUCAAAAUUAAGGAGAGGGGUGGGAGUCGGGAGUAAAUAUUUUGCCUUUUCCUGCCCCCUCCCCCACCACUGCCUCUAUCUCCAAAUAAAAAAUGGCUGGUUGUACAAACAUUUUUUCAGAAUUAAGGAAAUUAUCACCAACUUGAGAAGCUCUUCAUUGUUAAACACAUUCUCCAUGUCAGCCCCUCAGGAAAUGUAAAGAGAACAAUACAGAAAAUGUGCAUACUGAUGUUAGGGUGCAAAGGGUUAUGUUUACACACUGUGUUAGUGUGAAUAAUUAAAACAUGCAGCAUUCAAGCAAGUAAAAAGUGACACAAACUUUCACUCUAAAAUUUUUUUUCUCUUUUGUUUAGGCUUAUCCUGCCUAUAAUGCAGUCAUACUCCUAUGCUGGAGAUUUCACUGUGCGUGGAAAAAUAAAAACUGCACUGUAUGAGAAUGCACUGUGGUAUGGCAGCUAUCUGAUCAUCUUUGGUAUCCUUCUUGUUUAUGUCAUUGUGAAACCUGAUAUUCAUUUAGAUGGGUGAGUGCUGUUUCCUUUUUAUAAAGAAAUUCUUGUUUUCUGAUGUGAUAUUUGGGUGACUGACUGUUUGGGUUGGUAGAGAGAUAGAUGUUUUUCAUCUUGUCACAAGCAUGGGACAAAGAAAAAAUUCUGAGUCCCCAUGAGGAAUUAAACCUCAGACCUUUGGAUUCCACGCUCCAAUGCAUCUGAAGGUCUUAGGUUCAGUUCCUCAUGGGACUCAUAAUUUUCUUUGUCCCAUGCUUGUGACAAGAUGAAAAACAUCUUUCUCUAUUUAUCUACCAAGCUCAAAACUUGCCAUCUCUCUUAUUCUACUUACAAAAUUUAUUUAAGUAUGAGCUUGUUAUUUUUUUUUAUCAAACCAGAGCAAAUCUCCAAAUUCUUGGUAUCACUGCUUCUAAUACUUGGGGACUACUUCUACUGGUAUUUCUGAUGGGUUAUGGAUUGGUUGAAGUGCCACGCACCACAUGGAAUACUGCCAGGCUAGAGCUCCAGAUGGCUCAUGCAUAUUUCAAGAUCUCAAAGCUGAGUGUUGAAAAAGAAGAAGCUGAUGAACAGUUUUCAGAAGUCUUAGAGGUAGCCAGAACUGCAGCCAGUCUUAUCAUUUUGAGUUCUAGAGUAGUAUGUGUACCGUCUUUAUGGUAAAUAAGUUUUAGCCUGUUAUGUCAUUCAGACAAAUCUUCUUUAAUUUUUUUUUUUUUUUUUCACUGAAGGCUUGUGAUUUCUUUCUUUUGUAGUGUUAAUAAUCUGUUUUUUCCGCAUGAUGUGUUUUCAUUUUGACCAAACCAAUGGAGACCUUUAUGCUCUCUCAAGAACCCAAUGAUCUUCUUUAAAGGAGAGCGGAUAUAUUCUUUGAGAUACAAGAAUGAUAGUAACCAAAAUUGUUAGUUGUGUUUUUGACUUUGUUGUUGAUGAGAUUUGAUUAAUCUUUUUACAGGAGGUACAUCGUGCAUCAGAAGCCAUACGUUACAGGCACCCUCUUAGAAAAUACCUUGAAGUUAUUAUAAAAAAGGUAAAUUGAAUCUUACCGGCUCUCUUUGCUAAAGCUUAUUCCAGUUUAACCCUUAGACUCCCAGAAGAGCUUAUCAUAUAGAAGACUAGGUAGAAGUCGUUAUCUUGAUCUAACACCAAAUUCUUGUAAAUGAUUAACAAGGAAAUAUGUAGCAGCAAGAAGGGAGAAUUAACAAUUAGAUAUUGGGAGCUAAAGGGUUAAGUAGCAUAAAGUGAGAAGUGAAGUGAGACAAUUGCCACUCUCACUGGAUGGGAUGCUAGUCUGUUGCAAGUUCCCCCCACCCCCAAGCAUUUUGUCAGUUUUCCCUCUGGCAGUUUGCCUGUACCCAUUUAUAAUCCCAAGUAGAGAGAGGGACUGUGCGAAUAAAUUAUAUUGCCCAAGAACACAACACAGUGACCCUGCUAGGGCUGAAAUCAGAACCUUACAAACUAGAUUCCAUUGAGCUAAUCAUAUGGCCAUCACAUCUCUCACUCAUUUCUAUAUAUGUUGACCCUUUAAGUCCUAAUAGUGAUAAGCAUCUAAUUUCUUCCAAUGGUAUCACCCUGAAUCAAACAUUAGGGUCAUGAGAGUAAAGAAAAGAAUUGCAAACUCAAGAAGCCUUUGAUUAUAAGACAAAUUCUCUUUGUAAGUACCAUAGGAAAAGUAUAGAGAGUAGUGUGGAGAACUUGCAUGCAUGUACUAAUGUUAGGGUCAAUUGAUUAUUCAUGGUGUAGUUCCCAGAGGAGUCGGGCUUCAAUAGAGGGACUGAUGACUAUGUUGAUUACGAGGACUACCUUAGGGAGACUGGAAGUAAAAUCACAGAGACACACACUGAGAAAAGCUUGGUGAAACUUCACAAGAGAGUAAUCAUUGUCACUCACACUUCAAGACGGACACAUUGGUGAGAAGAUAGUAGAUAUUAUACACUGCUUUUGUAUCAAUCCAAUUAGAGUUAAAGUUUUGUUAAGAAGAUAUAGUGCUUGAUAAUGGCUUUGUUUUGUUUUCUUAUCCUAGUCAGUGGAACAUGCAGCUUGAAAAGGUGUUUGAGUUGGAAGACUUAUCACGGAAUGCUGGUAGCAGUGAUAGGUGUGUAUAGCAUAGUUUAUGAAAAACUUGAAGGAUCUUUACUUCAUUAGAGGGCAGAAGGUUAAGAGAAUGAGUCUGGAAAAACUGAAAGUUGGGGUAUUAGUGUUACUGAAAUCCAGUUUUAGAGAUGAAUGGUUUAAGCUCUGUCUAACUGUAGCUUUCUUAGUAGUGUUUUCUAGUUGUGUUGUUCUGGUCUUAUGAAUCCUUUCACUUGUAAGGGUGAACAAAUUGGCAUUUCUUAUAACAAUGUUAAUGCUUAUUCUGAAGGACAAGGUUAUGAAAAGAAAGAAAAAUAAAUACUGAUUUAACAGAAAAUUCUUAGAGCUAAAAUUAUAGGAAAUGUAUUGCAAACAGUGUGGAGAGUUGAUAUUUAGAUCUUGGGAGUAAAAGGGCUGACUUAAAGUGAUCUAAAGGGUGUGAAAUCAAUAUAAAAAGAUGCCAGUGAAAUGUUAAAAAUUAUGGUGUUGAGUCAUGUUGGACUUUCUCUAAGGCUCUAUCUAAGGGUGUAGUCUUUCAUCCUUGUCUAUCCCCAGCUGCAACUGUGUCAAUUUAUUCUCUCAGUAUUUUAAAAAGAUGUCUUUAAAUUUUUUUUUUUUCUUUCCAGACAUUACAAAUCAUCUUUAAAAGGGCCUUCCACUGGAAUCAAACCAGUUCUGGGUAUGUAAAUGUGAUCUAUUCCCUUAAAACUGCACGAGAUUAAGUUGAAAAUACUGAAUGGUGACUUUUUUUAGUUCUUUACCUUUGAAUGAAAUUUUUACCUUUUAAAUCUGUAAAUAACCUGAUUUCCAGAAAAUUGAAAUGUACUUUUCAUGGAAGUUUUACCUUUUUUCUAUUUCACACGUCAUUUUAGAGUGGUAUUGGCGUGUCUGGCUGUUUCCAUGGUUACUGCGCUUCACAGCAAUUCUUCUGUUUUUAUUGUCUGUGACUCUGGUGUGGUCAGAGGUGACAUUCUUCAAUGUUCAGCCAGUGUUGUCGAUAUUUGCACAGAUGAUACGCAGUGCUAGUAAAGGAUAUUAUUAUUUCUACGUAGAGGUGAGUUUAUUUCGAAAAAAAAAACUUGCAGAUGUCAGCACAAAAUAUUUCUUUGCCUCUUCUUUAUUUACUGUGGAACUCAGAAAAUCAUGAACCCUUUGAUUUGCUUCUACUUGUUAGACUGUUUACUGUUCACUAUAAAGUUCAACAUACACAAGCAAACAUGAAAGCUAUAUAGUAUUGAACUGGUUAACCCUAAAGUAUUUUUCAAAUAUUAACAAAAAUUGAGCUCAAGUUUGUUUUUGUUUCAGGUUAUAUCAUGCAUAAUCAUUUCAUACAUGUGUGUUUGUGUGUACUACACUGUAUUCAGAAUGAGGUUCUUCAACUAUUACUACUUUGCACCCAAGCAUCAGACGGACCCAAACAGCUUGCUCUUCAGUGGAUUGUAAGUAAAACAGGGAUCAGUUUCUUUAAGCCUUGUCAGCCCAGAGAGUUAUGGGAAAGGAAUUUCUCCUUACAACAUUAGUGUAUAUUUUAAAGCAGAGAGGUGGUCUGUAAAAUAAGGGAAAAAAUCAAUGGUUAUUGUUUUAUUUGGUACCAAAUUCUCAGAAUGAGUGUAAAGAAAUGCAUAGCAUCCAGGGAGUAGAACUGAUAUAAUUGUAAACUUGGAGGUGAAAAGGUAAUGAAACUCUUUGAAAGUGAAGAAUAUAUUUAGAGCAUUCAUGACUGAUGUUUGAAAUAUAUUUCAAGCCAGGGAGCAUUCAAUUUUUAGAACAUCAGAUCAAAGAUAAAGACAUUUUAAGUUAAGAUGCAAAACAGCACUUGACUAGACAAGCAUUGAUUGUGGACUCUUAAAAGCAUCAUCACUGUAACAUCAGAAAGUUUGUGUUUACCAGGAUUUAAAACAAAACUUUCAAUGUUAGCUUUUGUCUUUCUUUGCAGACUUCUCUGUCGCCUAACAUAUGCUUUAUGUCUUAACUUUCUUGCUGUUAUUCAUCUUGAUGGCCAUGUGACUGAGGAAGCAGAACCGGUGGAAACUUCCUUUACUAAAGUAAGGAUGAUAAUCUGUCAUGUGCAACACCUUACCAAGUUGUAGGGGUGGGGUGGGAAAGAGUUAGGAAGGGGGGGGGGGGGGGGGGUGGGUGGUAAUACCAACCCUGAACUUAAUUCUUCAAAGUCUUUAAAUGUUAAAUGAAAUAAAAAAGAUUACAGCAACAUGAUUUAUCAUAAGGACUCCUCAGACUUUGAGUGUGGAUCAUCACAGCCAACUCUUUUAGUAACUGAGAGAUUUAGAUAACAAUUAUUGUGAAGGAAAGGGUCCCAGAAAAUAUUUAUCAAAAUACCCUUCUUUUCUACUUGUUUGUGUGAUCCUUCCGUCUUCUCUCUUUCCUCCAUUAGCAAAUUUGAGAUGAUUGGUGUAGAUAUGGAGAACAUUGUUUUGGGCUUGUUUGUCAUUUCUAAGAUUCUGACAUGGAGAAUUUGUUUAAAAAUCCAAAGGUUCUCUGGUGAUCAUCUCCUUUAUUCUUGUGACCUUAAAGUUUGAUUCAGGAUUGACAUUGUAGGCAGAAAUUAGACGAUAAUCACUUUUAGGGGUUUAAGGGUUAACCUCUUGUUGGAUAGACAGUUAGAUUUACCCUUCUUUUUGUUUUACAGUUCAUGGGUCACAUGGAUGUACUGUCAUUAAUUUCCAAAGGAGUGAACAUGUACUACCCAAUGUGUGUUGUACUGGUGUGCCUGGCUACAUACUUCAGCCUUGGCACUAGAUGUUUAAACUGUCUUGGUUUCCAAACUUUUAUCAUUGAAGAUGAUCUGUCAGCAGAGUAUGUCAGUGAAGGAAAGGACAUAGCACGAAGAGGUAUACUUAAGUUACAUGCGUAAUUACAAAGAUGAGAUAGUUUUGUAACAUUUCAAAGAAGCUGUUGCAAGGUUGUGUCACUAUCAGAUUUCCUUUUCAAACAAGUGUCUAUGACUUUAAAUGUUGAGGAUUGCAGGGGUAGGUUGAAUAAGGCCUUUAGUGACUUUUGAUGAAAUAUCAAAUUCUCCUUGUGAUUUACAAGGAAAUACAAGUCAAUUUGUAAGGAGAAUUUUGGAGAAUCUUGUUGUGUCCACAGGCUCCAUAAUUUACUCAGCUUGUAGUGUUUCUCUUCACUUGCAUAUUAGAAUUUAAUUCUGUUCACAUGACAUAUCUGUCAAGUUUGUGUACAAAACAAUCAGCAUGUUUCUGUCCUUUGCAGAGAGAAGAAAGAGAGAAAUGCUGACAGAAGAUGGCAGUAGAAAGGUUAGUUACAGUUGUCCAACUUUUCCUUCACUAGUAUCUUUUUGUUUGGAAAUUCUAUGUAGAAGGAAUUGCAUAAGUUCAAACUCAUGAAGUUUAAUUACCUGUUAGAAUUGAUAGGUACAGCAAGUGAUCUUAUGGUAAUGGUAAGAACCUACUCUGUGUUUUCCUAGGAAACUUGGUCAGAAAGAGCUGAAUCAGCAAAAAGAAAACUUACUCGUAAAUCAGAUCGUGAAGGCAGAGGACUCUCAAACAAGGAUCAUGCCACAUCUAGCACAAAUUUAACUGCAUCAGAUGGAAAUUAUGCAAGGUAUUCACGGUUCGAGCCUGAGAGUGAUCGUGUAGAGUUGCUGUCAGCUGCAGAUUAUGAUAUCAACAGUUCAGGAUCCAGUUAUGGUGGUGCCUCAGGUUAUGGAAUAUCCUCCUCUAGUCGAGCACCAAAGAACAUUUUUGAUGAUUUAUAGUGAUUGAAGAUUUUAGACUUAUUCUUGUCUUUGUGAACUUGAAAAUUGUAAAUGAAUGUGACAUUUUCCUCCUAGUUCUACCAGAGUCACCUUUCAGAAAAUAAGCAUUAUCAAAUAGUCUCAAAUGUCUUCCUUUUCUUAAGCUUUAUCUCUUUGUAAGGAAUUGUUUGUUUUGAUGAAUUGCCCUUUUAGGCAAUGUUGUUCAAAGCAAGAUCAAUGUAUAUUCUGGGCUAAGGGUCUCAGCUGAAACAGUAUUGGUCAUUUUUUUAACAGAUGAUUCCUGACUUGAUUCAAAUUACACUUGUGGUCCAGUAAAGAAACAAGAAUGAAUGAUAAAUUUUCAAUUACUGUUGACUUGAACUUUGGAGGAAAAAAAUGUUGGCUUAAGUUAUAGGGGUCAGUGUUGAAUUUCAAGGUUCUUGUUAAUAAUCAAGUAGGUAUUUUGGUUUUAUCAUGCGUUUGCUGUCAUUGGUCAUUUUUUAACAACAAAUUUGAAAUGUCAGCCUUUUCUUAAGGACUUAAAGUUAAAAAAUCUUAACCAAUAUUUUGCCAAACUUGAAAAAUUCAGUUGUCUGGGGCAAAUAUAUUUCUGUCUUAGCAAAGUAACUUGUGUAGCUCAUUAACCAAUCUGAACAAAUCCAUGCAAUUUUCAUUUCAAUCCAAUUCUUGAAAACAAGUUGCAUUUUAGAUUUUUUUUCCUCUAGCCCUUAGCCUGGUUGUGUGAAAGGCAGUCAGAUGUUAAUUUUGUCCAUGAUUUCUCAUGAAGUAAAGGGGAAAUUAGGGCUUAAAUUUCAGGGGUAUUACCCAAGGGUAUGAGUGUAAGUAGUGUAUUUACAAAGUAAGAUGAUAAAUUGUACAGCUGAAAAGUAGUUUCACAAAAAGUCAUUGUGUUUCCAAUUCAAUAAUACAUAGGCAAGAUGGAAACAAGCCAUUGUUAACUGAUAUCAAACUAUUUUAAACUGGAACAUGUAUCAGUUCUAACAAACAAUCAAAGGUUGGUUGAUAGUUGGGAAAAGUCACUGCAACAGAAGUCCAUAAGCUUGUGUAUUUCUAAUAUGACUUAUUGUAUUUAUUACUUUAACUUUAGGAAGCAUGGAACAUUAAGAGCCACUGAAAUUAAAAUAUUUGAAAUGCUAUCAAUUGGAUAGCAUUUGCAUGUGUUUUGAUAUGGCAUAUUCUGUGUGCAUCACAACUUGGGAUAGCCACCAUUGAAAGGGCUAAACUGGAAAUGCUUGUAAAUUGGAUCACUGUCGUUGGUUAUCCUUUAACUUCCAGAAGUGAUUAAAAAGCAAGUUCUCCCUAUAAAAUCUAUACAUCAUCUAGCAAACAGGUAAUGAGAAUACUUAAAUUUAUCAGAUAGAAGUUAUCUUGAUCUAAUACCAAAUUCUCACAACUUAUUUGCUUAGAAAGGAGUAGCUGCUAGAGGGGAGAAUUAACAAUUAGGAUGUUGAAGGAUUAAAUACACUAAGAUCUGAAUAGUUGAUUGAUGAACUAAUUAAAACAUAUUAAAUUUUGCCAACGAAGACAUACUCUGUACUGAUGUAAGAGAAAAUAUAAUUACAUUUGGUAUGUUUCAAAAACUGAACAAUUAACUUCUUGAUUGAAAAACUGUCCAAACUAAGAAAUUUGUGUCAAGUCUGACUUACAUAUUAUACCAAUUUUUCUAACUUAAAAUAAUUGC